CAUCCACAUUUAAAAUGUUGGUUGAACGAAAUGUCAUUAUCAAUUGACAAAAAUGUCGUCCCUACCAAAUAAGAAUUAUUCAUUAUCGUUGUCUACUAUAGAUACGAGCCCAAAAGAACCAUUACCCACACUAAACAAUAUCCAACAGAAAAAGUAUUAUGAUGAUACACCCCUUCUUCAGACAAGUAGGUUCCCUCAUUGGUUGCUAUCUUAUUACUAUGGGCAUGAGCUCAGUUUUGGGAUAUUCAUCUGUACUGAUCCCACAAAUGCAACUGAGGACCAGCAGAGUACAGAUCAAAUCUCAACACGAGAUUUCCUUAGUUGCUUCCAUAGCAGCCUUGCCUCUAGCUUUGGGUACCAUUCUAAAUGGUUAUUUGAUGGAGAAAUAUGGAAGAAAGCCAGCUCUUAUAUUCUCUCAAAUCCCAGCUCCAGGUUUACAUGAGAGAGAUCUGUGAGAAGUUUUCGGAAAAAAAAUUCUUAAAGUUUAUGCACUGCAGUGUAAACAUGGAUACAAGAUCCAGGACUCCAGACCUCUGGAGAAGACCAUGCAGUUUGAGAUUGAGAUGUAUAACUACUUAGGACAAAUUCAUCAACACCAUCGCAAAACGGUAUUUUGAAAGCAUGGUAAGAUUAGGAAUUACUAAGCAUACUGGUAUAUGUUUCUUGUAGUCCAUACUGAGUGCUACACAAUAAUCUAAUAAUAAAUAGUUAGCAUAUGGAAAGAAACAAAUCAACUCUAAAGGAAAGGUGAGACGCACGAUUUUUACAACUCGUGAUCAGAGCCCAGAAGUCAAGAGGUUCAACAAAUCAACCGAUUUUUUGAUGGGUGGAACCAAUUGAAACAUUUCAGAUAUCGUGGUUUGGUCAUCUUUAUCAUUGAAUGAAAUUCAAACAUCUUUAUUAUCUUCCUCUCAGCCACGUUAUAAGAUUAUUUAUAUUAUGGGGCUCCAUCUUUCUCUCUCUAAUGUUGGAGUCAAUGCUCUGCACUGCACGAUUGCUCAAUCUAUGUAUUAUUUGAUCAUUGAAUUGUGAUCAAGCAGUGGCGAUGCUAGGGGGGGUGCAGGGGUGACCCGCCCUAAAAUUAGGGGAGACCCCAUCUUAAAUUUGACAUACUAAGGCUAGAAGAUUAGCAGAACUAUACUUUCGCUUCACUUCAGCCCCCCCAAAAAAACAACUCCCUCUUGGCCACCCCUGUUUUUGAAAGCUGGCGUCGCCACUGUGAUCAAGACAAGCAUAACCUCACUUUCUCCUUUGUUCACAUGUAAAUUGAGAAUUUUCAGUACGAUUGGCUGGAUUUCAUACAAAUUCAAAAUUCUUUCUAUAUAACCUGCAUAUAAAAGAGGAUCUAUGGAUAUUAUGUAAGGGCAUCACGUUCAAACGACUGCACCAAAUUGUAUUAUUCUUUUUUUGUUGUUUUCAUUACUGUCAUGAGAAGGUUUAUAAGACAAAAUAUUUUCGAAAAAGAUCGUACGUUCCUCCGACCGAGCGAACAAUCAUAGAGUAUAAUUUGAGACUUCGAAGGAUGUAUUUUGGGUUGCCUGACAAAAAGAAGAUGAUUGAAUUGAAAAGAAAAUUAUUUUUUUCCAUUGAUUCGAAGCUAGGCAGCUAGUUAUAUAUAAAUGGGACACUUAAUGAGUGGCAGCAAAAAAUUAUUCAAAGAAAACUGCGAUGUUACAAUCAUCUUUAAAUACAAUGAAAUUAUUCUAAGAAAAUAUAGUUCAAGACCACAUUGAAUUUCACUAACUAGAAAAGCAGUGUGAUAUGCGCAUCCACCAGAAAUAGUCGUUCUGAAUAGAAAUAUGUAGAAGUUAGAGGACAUUUAUAAUUCAUAUGGCAGUAUAUGAAGUAAAAAGUUCGGAAUAUAGCAUAUGUUGUUUCUAAUCCUCAGAUUGUAAAUUCCUACAACCACAA